AUGGCAGCAGCAAUGGCCUUUUUAAGUGGUGGGGAUGUCGAAGAAGGGGCGAGCUUUGCGUCGGAAAAUCCGUUUGAGAAGUGUGGACUUAACUUGUCAGUUAAAGUGCGAAUGAUAUGUUUUGCGUCGACUAUAGGAAUUGGUAUGCUCAUAUUAAUAAUCAUGGCAGCAAUCUUCUCUGUUCUCGGAGAUAACGGAGGAGUCUAUUUCUUCAUGGUAAUGGAGGUCAUUGGUGUGGCGUUUCUCUUGGUGUCACCAUUCUUCUUAUAUGGGUUCUUCAGUAUGUUGAAGAAAAUCAUCCACCCAUUCAGAGUGAUUGCACUUGUUACCGUCUUGUUGUGUACUGUUCUUGUUCUGAUUCUUGCGCCUGUUAUGGGGGCUGACGCUUACAUGUUUGUCAUCUUCGGAACGAUCGGGGAGAUCUUUGCCGCUGCGUUCUUUGGUAUCUCACUGUUGCCGUGCUUUGACGCACUCACAGGAAGAUGCUGUGGAGGAUUCUUUAGCACCGCCGCUAAGUGA